GGGAGUGGACUCGAAGGGACCGCGUUUUUGGUGCGCACACGUUGACAACCACCACCCACGAGACCAAACCUGCGGUCACCGUUCGGCCGAAAGCCGACGGCGCGGACGCUUCCCAGACUCUGAAUGAUGCGAUCUCCUUCGCGGACGCCCGGGACCGGGCGCUGCUCGCGGCGCACCGGGGCGGGGACGCGACGGCGCUGCCGGAGUUGCUCAGUUCGUAUCAGGACCGGCUUUUUUCCGUGUGCAUGCGGAUGGUGAACGAUCCGGAGACCGCGGCCGACCUCACGCAGGAGGCGAUGGUCAAGGUGAUCCAGGGGAUCGAGGCGUUCGCGGGGCGGUCGAAGCUCUCGACAUGGAUGAUCCGGGUGACGAUGAACGUGUGCCUGACGCACCGGCGUCGGAUGCGGCUCCGGAACCACCUGUCGAUCGACGUGCCCGUGGGCCGGGCCUCUGGUGAGGCGCCGACGACGAUGGCGUCGACGCUCGUGUCCGAGCAGGAGGCGUCGGCCGAGGAAUCGGCGUUUUCGCGGGAGACGCGUCACCGGCUCUACCGGGCGAUGGAGAAGCUGGAGCCGGGGCAGCGGGCUAUUUUGAUCCUGCGGGACGUGCAGGAUCUGGACUACCGGCAGAUCUCGGAGAUCCUGGAGAUCCCGCAGGGGACGGUGAAAUCGCGGCUUUUCCGGGACCUUCUCGAUCUGGUCGAGGGGCGGCUGCCGCUGGAGCGGUACCAGGAGCUGGAGCCCGCGCUGCGGGCGGACCCGGACCUCGCGGCCCGGGUGAAGUCGAUGGCUCGGGACCGGGCGGUGCUCGCGGAGGAGUCGGCGACGACGUACUCCGCGCCCCCGGGGCUCAUCGAGGGGGCGCUGGCUCAGGCGGAGCGCGAGGCGCUGGUCGACGAUCGGCCCGGGACGCGUGCCGCGGGUGGUGCGGCGGCGGGGGGGCUCAUGCUGCCCAAGCUGAUCGGCGGUCUCGCGGCGGGGGUGGCGAUCGCGCUGUCCGUCGCGCUGACGGCGACGUUCGUCCUUACGGACGGGCCGACCGUGGGCGAGAAGCUCGCGCAUUCGGAGGAGGCGGCGCCUUCUCCGGCGUUCGAGGAGCCUGCUCCUGCGAGGGAGCGGUCGGAUUUCCGGGCCGCGGCGCCGGACGCUGCGGCGAUGGCGUCCGCGGACGGGGCCGGCUCAUCGGUCCGUCCUGAAUUGAUGGGGUCUUCGGUGGCGGAAUUCGGGCGUUUGGAGGCGCCCGGGGCGGCACGGGUGGCGCUGGGGGACGAGGAGCUGGAUCGCGCGGAGCGGCUCGCCCGCGACGGGCGUCUCCGGCUUGUGGUGGUGGCGUCUGGAGAGGAAGAGGGUGUUGCGCUGGCAUCGUUUGAUGGCGUGGAGGGGUUCCGCGGGCUCAAGGCUCGGGACGGGCGUCGGGUGAUCGCGCCGUUCGCGUACGCGAUGUUCGGGGACGCGGUGGAGGGGGCGCCGGUGCGGUACGAGAGCGAGAACGUGAUCUACACGAGCGUGCUCGACGGCGGGACGUACACGGCGGAGCUCGCGCUGGAAGGCGUCCGCGGGGCGAUCCGGUUGCUGGAGGCGGAGGGGUACGCGGUUCGGGUGGAGCAGGCGGGGCGGGUGCGGGCGUCGACGCUCAGGGCGGAGGACGUGCUCUGGUGGACGCCGACGACGGUGGACCCGCCGGCGGAGCGCGCGACGAUCGAGCUCGCGGUGCGCCGUGAGGGGCGGGACGACGAAGAGGCCGACGAGGGCGAGCAGGUGGCCCGUCGUGGCGUUGGCGAGGGUUUCGUGGUUCCCGGUGGAGGCGAAGAGGACGACGAUGGCCGCGACGAUGGUGCUGACGCAGGCGAGGAGAAUCCCGGCGCGUCUGACUUUGCCUCGCUGUCGAACCGUCACGGAGCGUUCCUUCCUGUCUCUCUCUUGGCGCGUCCUUGCGUCGGGCGUUUCCUGCCUUGGAGUGCCCGAAAUUCCCUGUUGGGGGAACGUGACAUGAUGCCGAGGUCGACGCUCCGCGUCAUCCGGUGCAUGGAUCGUGGACAACCCGUGGAAUGUGAAGGCCGAGGGGCGAUGAUCGACGCUCGUGGUCGAUCGGUGAAGCGUCGCGGCUUCUUGUCUCACACCGUCUCCGCCGGUUGUGAGCGGCCCGUGGUGGAAGUAUCGUCCCCCGGUUGUGAGUCUCAACAAACUUUCGCCAUGCCGAGGACGUGUGUGGAUGGUCGCGCGGCGCCGGCGACGACGGGGGCGCUGCAGUCGCCGUACGACGGGCUGCCGAUCUCGGAGAUCCGGUUUGUCGGUCUGGAGCGCGUGAGCGAAUCGUUCGCGAUGAACCAGAUCCGGUCCGCCGUGGGGCGCCCGUUCAGCAGCCCGACGGUGCAGGAGGACCUGCGCCGCCUGGAACGGAUCGGUCAGUUCCGUGACAUCUCGGCGGAGAUGGUCUCGAAGGACGACGGGACGGUGGCGAUCGAGUUCACGGUGACGGAAGCGCCGGUGAUCACGGACGUGGCGUGGGUGGGGAACCGGCAGCUGAACGAGGAGGAGGUCGCGGCGGUGAUCCGCUCGGCGGUGACGAUCCUCCCCGGCGUACCGCUGGACGAAUACCAGAUCAACCGCGGCAAGCGCGAGAUCGAGAAGCUGUACCGGGCGAAGGGGUUCUAUCAGGUCGAGGUGACGAUCGACGAGACGGAGCUGGAGAGCACGCAGACGCUCGUGUACCGGAUCCGUGAGGGUGAGCGGAUCGCGAUCACGGCGAUCCGGUUCGACGGGAACCGGAGCUUCACGGCGAAGGAGCUGCGUCCGAGCGUGGAGACGAAGACUCGGGGCCUUUUCAACGCGGGCCCGCUGGACGAGAACAUCCUGCGCGACGACGUGACGAGCCUGAUCACGUUUUACCGCGACCGCGGGUUCCUGGACGUGCGCGGUUCGUACGAGAUCCAGCCGUCGCCGAACGGGAAAGAGGCGAUCAUCACGUUCGUGAUCGAUGAGGGCGAGCGGUACGUGCUGCGGGACAUCAUCGUGGUGAACGCGUCGGCGACGGAAGGCGACGAGUCGCUGACGGUGUUCACGCCGGAGCAGAUCCAGGGUCUGAUCACGAUCAAGCCGGGUGACGUGUACGGGGCGAACGAGAUCCGCGGCUCGGUGGAGCUGCUGGAGAACGCGUAUUUGCAGCUGGGGUACGCGGACGUGCAGGUGGCGUCGCAGGACCUCCGGGACACGGAGGAGCCGCUGGUCGAUCUUCGGAUCGUGGUGAUCGAGGGGAACCGGUUCCGGACGGGCCUGGUGAUCGUUCAGGGGAACGACCUGACGCAGCAGAAGGUGAUCCGGCGCGAGGUGGAGAACCUUCCGGGGCGGUGGCUGGACGCGAAGAAGUCGCGUCUUGCGGAGCGUCGCCUGCGAGCGAGCCGGCUGUUCGACCCGAGCGCGGUGGCGAUCACGGUGCAGCCGGAGGACCCGGAUUACGCGGGGUACCGCGACCUGCUGGUGCAGGUGGCGGAGACGAACACGGGCUCGUUCAACUUCGGCGUGGCGGCGAACACGGACUUCGGCGUGGCGGGCAUCAUCUCGCUCGAGCAGCGGAACUUCGACCUGUUCGACACGCCGGACUCGUUCGACGAGUUCGCGCGCGGGCGGGCGUUCCGCGGGGCCGGGCAGGAGUUCCAGAUCGCGGCGUCGCCGGGCAGCGAGCAGUCGAUCUACUCGAUCAGUUUCCGGGAGCCCUCGCUGCUGGAGAGCGAGUACAGCCUGGGGACGACGGCGUUCUACCGCGAGCGGGAGUUCAACGACUACGACGAGGAGCGUCUGGGCGGGAACCUGGAGGUCGGGCGUCGGUUCGGGACGCGGUGGUCGGGCCAGCUGCAGAUGCGCGCGGAGCGGGUGGACAUCACGGAUAUCGACGCGGACGCGCCGGUGGACCUGUUCGAGAUCCAGGGCGAGAGCGACCUGACGUCGCUCGGGUUCGAGCUGACGCGGACGACGCUGGACAACGUCUUCCGCCCGACGGAGGGGACGCGGACGCGGAUCAGCGCGGACCAGUUCGGCGCGCUGGGCGGGGAUUACGAGUUCACGCGUCUGAACGUGGGGCACACGCUCUUCCUGACGGUGGACCAGGACUUCCUGGGGCGCGAGACGGUGCUCUCGAUCGAGACGCGCGCGGGGUGGAUCCCGCAGGACGACGAGGCGCCGCUGUUCGAGCGCCUGUUCCUUGGCGGGCGGUCGUUCCGAGGCUUCGAGUUCCGCGGCGUGGGCCCGGUGGGCAUCCGCAACGACACGGGGCUGCCCGGGGACGACCACGUGGGCGGCGAGUUCUCGUUCUUCCUGGGCCUGGAGCUGCAGAAGCCGGUGUUCCGCGACCUGAUCGCGGUGGUGGCGUUCGUGGACUCGGGCACGCUUGCGGAGGACGUCGAGUUCGACGAGUACCGGGUGAGCGUGGGCGGCGGGCUGCGUCUGUACAUCCCGCAGUUCGGUCAGGCGCCGCUGGCGUUCGACUUCGCGGUCCCGGUGGUGAAGGAAGACACGGACGAGGAGCAGGUGUUCUCGUUCUCGCUUGAUCUGCCGUUCUGA